AUGUUGAACCCCACGUCGGACACUCCAGAAAAUUCGACAGUCUGCGCUGGCAAGACGUCGAAACGAAAACGCGCUAAGCGAAAACGAGGUCAGCAAUGGGCAUUCUAUGUGGAAUCUUUUAAACGAACUGUGGAUUGUCUAUACGAGAUCUGCCGUUCUGAUCACAAUAUAAAUGGCUGUAAAGAAGCGAUUAUUUACCUUGAGAACUCGAAACGAGACUUUGAGUCAUUAAUCAAUACUAUCAACGUUGAAACGUCGUGGGAGGAAUCAAGCAAACCCCAAGCUGUUGCGUGGGAAAUUCGAAAAUCUACACGUUCGCCCGUUCAAGUCUCACUUGAUGCAAUGCCCAAAUCUGGUCAUUUGCUGAACGAAGCUGACCUCUACGAGGAAGACGACGAUUUCAGGGAGGCUGCUCGAUUAUCGUUAGACGAUGGCUGGCAGUUGGUAUUACCACGCAGAAAAAGGAGUACAAGUUCUUCUGGAGGAGUUGCGCCUUCUCAUGAUGAUGUUCUGAAUGAGGCAUCUGCGCCUGAGCAACGUGAAGUCGAGCCACCUCGUCCUAACGUCUACGAUCGGCUUUCCGCACCUCGCCGUACCGUGUCUCCAUCGGUUUCUAACGUGACGACGCAUUCUUCCCGACACAGCAGUAUUCGCUCUUCCGCUGGCUUACAGUCAGCGCGUCUUACUUGUCCGAAGAGUGCUUAUGACGAUCUGCCCUCAAACGAAGACAGGCAGGCAGACAGCUUUUGGUUUCUGGCGAAGAGAAUGGUGUCGGGUGCUAUUUUUCCUGUAUUUCAGCGUCUACACUGCGACAGUGCACCGGCCAGUGAGAGAAAUCCGUCAGUCGAUCGUUCCUUGCAAUCGAUCAAUGAAGUUGGCGAAGCCGAUGAGACUGAGACCGUUCCAGCAGAUCCAACUCCUACCGAAUCAAAUCGGGACAAUGUCCGAUUCUCAGCGACGAGAUCGGAGCCAGCAUUUGGUGAAGUGUCAUCACUUCUUGGCCUAGACGAUGACGUAGAGUGGAAGGAAAUGACAGAAGAGGAGGAGUCAUUAGCUCUAGAGGAGCAGAGCCUCAAUCUUGAGAUAGAGCAUGAAGAGUCCUUUUCAAUUGACAUCGAAUUGGAACGACAAGUCGCCGCUGAAGCUGAAGCUUUGGAGAAGUUCGAGCUUUCUCAAAAAGCCGCCAUACCAGCAAAUCAGAGUAAACGCGCAGAAAACGGUUCAUCCUCAUGUGGAGGACAGCAAGCGGAUCGAACGCGAGAUGAGACCCGUCGACGGCCCAUUUUAACUUGGAGCGAGGUAGUUGGCAAGGAGCUUGUGCCUCCAUAUCGUGAACCAGGCACAGUUGCGGAGCGACAUGAAAAAAUGAGCAGCCCUAGCAGAAGAAGAUGCGAUAAAAAUGACGCCGACUUCUCCCUUCGACAUGCCGAAAAACUGAAGAGAGCCACGGAGUUGAGGGCUCAGUUGCAGGCCGAAAAAACAGCACGAUUGCGAGAACUGGCGCGCAGGGUAGAAGAGGUUCGAGAAAAGAGGCAGAAGGUUAUAGAGAGAAAAAGGCAGCUUCUGGAGAGUCGCAUGGAAAGAGCCCAAGAAAAUCGAGAGAAAAAUAUAACGGAAAUCAUUCGAAAAGCGAAAGAUGACGAACAAAAGGUUCUAGAAGUCCAGUUCAUCAAUUCGCUACAAGGUGGAAACAUGAUACUUGAUCUGCGGAUGAGAGACGCUGGAGUUGAAGAACGGAAGCAAUCAUUGGCAGAGGAACGAGCAAGAGGGGUGGAGCGUAUCGCACGGCUCCAGGAAAUCGCAGAAAGAAAAGAAGCUCGUCAUGCUCAGCUUGCUGCGCAGAGGAAUGAGCAGGAACGACUACGAAAUGAAAAGCGAAAGCUACAACAAGAAAAGCUCAACGAGCUAAGAUUGGCUGAUGCUGAAGAGAAUGAGUCUCUGCGAAAGAGAAUUCAAGAAAAAAUCGAAUCAACGUCUCGCCGCCAUGAGCAAAAUCUAGAAGACGUACGAAUUCGCGCGCAAGAGUUUUCAUCUCCUCGCCCACCAUCUGGGUGUAGAUGGACGUGGUCUUUUGUGGAUCACACUCAUUGGCCAUCGGAUGGCUACGGAAUCAACUUCAAGUGUGGACCUUGUAAUACUGAAGUUUUGACGGAACUCGAAGCUGUGGCUCAUGUUAUGUCGCCGACACAUUUCACUAAUGCCAAUGUCAACUGUGACUCAGUAUCUACCGAAGACCUUGAAAAGGAGUUCUGUUCCCUGACUCAGUCUCCUAGUUCUCAGUGCUGUGAAGCGAAACAAGAGGAUGAACUGAUGUGGCGAAAGAAGAGGGUGAAAGUAAAGCAACGACUAGCUGCUAGAAAUAAGAAGAUUAGUGAAGUUGCGGAGAAACCGCCGUCUCCAAAUGCGCGUCAGGCGAAAUGUGUUCGUGAAUUAAUGAGUGCGAUAAGUAAAUGUCAGCACAAGCAAGGUAGACUAGACGAUACUACGUUGCAACUUCUAGAAAGAGCUUUGGGAGAUGUCUGCCGAGAGAGCGAAUCACAGGAAUGGUUUUCAACGAACUUUGCUCCGUUCACUUGUUCAUCACUUCUAUCAGAUCUGCUCUCUAUGCAACUGAAAUGGACAAGCACAGGGGCCACCACCAGGUUACUACUCAAGUUAUCUACAUUCGUAUGCAGACUUUGCUCUGUUCCGUUCCUUUGUCGAACCGUUCUAUUUACAUCUCUCCUUGUGGAGCUCAUGGAUAAUAUUGUUCUGCUGUUGAAGAGACCUGAACAUGACUCGGAGUUGUUGUGUUCGCUGGAUGUUUUACUGGCUACCGUUAGAUGCGCUCGAAACGCAACUGGCUGGCAGUCUUCCGGCGUGGAUGCUCAUGAACUGGAAGUUCGAAUUAGUAUGAUUGCGAGUUAUUUGCUCGCCUGUCGGCUUCCACAAGUUCUUGAAACAGCUGUGGACCCUUCAGUACCAUUGUCGUUGUUCACAAGACUCAAUAUGCUUCAUCUUGAGUUUGCUGGUGUUUCUAGUGAAGACACAGGUACGAUUGCAUCGGCUUUUUGUGGCCUACUUCUGAAGGUCUCCAUAUCUGCUCUGCGGUCUUUAUCGUUAGAGCCGUCAAAAACAAGCGAGCAAGACCUCGUUACUGUUGAGCAGUUCGUUGAUACUGCUAUGAAAAUGUGCAGCUGUCUUAGCAGAGACCCGCGAACGUGGAAGAUGCUUAUGGAGGAGCCAGGGACUAGCUUCCGUAUUUUGUUACUUCUUGGUCAUGCUAUUCGAUGUGAGGAAAAGGAUGCUAACAACUUGCAGUUAUCGUCAUCGGCACUUGAAUUAGUUGGACAUUAUGCUGCUUUCGACUCAUAUCAUCAGAAGUCAUGCGUCUUUGGAGGACAACGGUCUCUGCUUUCCGUGAUAGCAUCGCUACCAGUUUACUAUCUGACAAGGGCGUCCCUGCGGGUGUUAUUUAUAACGGCUUUAAUAGCUAUGACGUAUGAAUGCCGGACCGCUACGCAACUUUUGAUGGAAGAAUUGAGUGUGAAACACCUGUUGACGUUCAUAACUAAGUCAUGCGUCUUUGGAGGACAACGGUCUCUGCUUUCCGUGAUAGCAUCGCUACCAGUUUACUAUCUGACAAGGGCGUCUCUGCGGGUGUUAUUUAUAACGGCUUUAAUAGCUAUGACGUAUGAAUGCCGGACCGCUACGCAACUUUUGAUGGAAGAAUUGAGUGUGAAACACCUGUUGACGUUCAUAACUGAAGCGAAGAUGGGGAAAGUCACAUACAGUGAGACAAAAGGCGGCUGUCGUCGCAUGUUAGAUACUGCGGAGCUCUAUACCGCCGUUGAGCGAGUGUUUAGUUGCCCAGUGAAAGCAUCGACUGGAGAUUUAUCAAAAGCAUGUCGUUUCUGUGCCACUGAUGAGCAAUCGGUUCAGGCAUUCGAAGGGGUGCAGGAUCUUAAAAGUGCACUGCUUGGCUUGCUGACUGUGUCUUUGGAAGGUAGAGCUGAUGAUGACGAUAGAGAGGUUGACGUUCGGCGUGCACGUCUGGCACUACGAACACUCAUCAAUGCGGUGAAUCGUAGCAAGAAGUUCGCAGAGAAUGUCACUCCAGAAUGCACAAAUUUGUUCCGCACUUUGAUCCGAAUUCCUGAACUCCAUACCGAGACCUUCGCGACGUUGGCUGCUCUAGCUAGACCGAUGCGAAUCGUCUGCGGACUCUCUGAUAAUUACACAACUUUACUUGGAGAGCUCUUUUUGUUGUGGGAGUCCCAAAGUGUCAGUGAUUCUGACAGGUCUUGGAUAUCAGCCAUUGUGUCUAUUCAUUUGGAGGAAGAUUUCGGUUUUCUUGCUAAUUACUUUGCUGAUCUUCCUUGUGAUCAGUUCACUGCCCUACUUCACAUUACUGAAGUGCUUAUGGAUUCAUGCCAUGGAGAAGCGGUCACGAAGGUAAUAUUGCUUUCCCCGUUGCCCUCAAUUCCCCAUCCUUUAUUUCUACGUCGAAAUUGCUGGGACUAA